AUGAAGAGGUGCGAAUCUUAAAGUGCAACUGGCUAUCAAACAAAAAGGUCAAGCUCUCUUCUUCUCCCUUCUUUCCUCGUGUAGCCAUUAUCCUCCGAUCAGUCAACCAGACAUGACAGACAAACCUAAAUCAAUCCAUGAUUUCACAAUCAAGGAUGCUUAUGGAAAUAACGUGGAUCUUGGCAUCUACAAAGGAAAAGUUCUACUUGUAAUCAACGUUGCCUCCAAAUGUGGAUUGACGAAUUCCAACUAUGAUGAAUUAAAUCAACUCUAUGCAAAAUACAAAGAUGAAGGUUUGGAGAUCUUAGCGUUUCCAUGCAAUCAAUUUGGGGAAGAGGAGCCUGGGAGUAACGAACAAAUUCUAGAGUUUGUUUGCACUCGAUACAAAUCAGAGUUUCCCAUUUUUGACAAAAUUGAAGUGAAUGGUGAUAAUGCUGCACCAGUGUACAAGUUCUUGAAGUCUGGAAAAUGGGGGAUCUUUGGGGAUGACAUUCAAUGGAACUUUGCAAAAUUCCUGGUUGAUAAGAAUGGACAACCUGUCGAACGUUAUUACCCCACAACUUCACCUCUCACAAUCGAGCGAGAUGUGCAGAAACUCGUGGGUGCCUUGGAUGCUUCAUCAUAGAAUCACAGAAGGCUUUUUGUUUCCAUGAGAGAUUAAUGUGUAAUGGAGUUUGAACUCAUGGAGUGACAUUUCAAAACAACAACGUUUUAGCAUUUCUUAAUUUUUUGUUGAAAGCUUAAGAGAAGUGGCUAUUUUUUUAGCAAACUUUGUUUCACAAUACACACAUGUAUGUAUUCACACAAAUGAAUUUUCUGUAAAAUUAACCACAAACAAUACAAAUACACAAUGACAAUGUCACAUUUCAAGACA